GCCUAUAUAUUCAUUGGGCGCGCGCUAAAAUGUCACUAGAAGAGGCAAGGUUUUAAACUGCAGUUUGGAUUUCUUUUGUCAUGACACUUGGUCUCUGUCUCUCACCUAAUUCAAACAGAUUUCACUUCCAGCAAAAAUGCAAGGAAAAACCAGUCUUUACAUAGCAAACCUCUUGCAAUCUUGCAUAGACAAGAAAGCCCAUUUCUGUGGAAAGCUUCUCCAUGCCUAUAUUUACCGUAUUGGCUUAUCUUCAGACGUUUUCCUCUCGAACCGUCUCAUUGAGCUUUAUUUCAAGUGCAACGAUGCAAGUUAUGCUCACAACUUGUUUGAUAACAUGACUCAAAGGAAUAUUUAUUCUUGGAAUACGGUCUUAACUGAUUAUUGUAAAGUGGGAAAUUUAGAAAAUGCACGCAGAUUGUUUUAUAAUAUGCCUGAAAGAAAUACUGUGUCAUGGAAUAAUUUGAUUAGUGCAUCUGUGCGUGGUAAGUUAGAGCUAAAGGCUUUGAAUUUUUAUGAUGAAAUGAUUUUGGAAGGUUUAAUGCCUACCCAUUUCACGUUAGCAAGUGUUUUGAGUGCGUGUCGUACUUUGUUAGAUUUGGAGUAUGGAAGGAAAUGUCAUAAUGUUGCGAUUAAAAUUGGGCUUGAAAAGAAUGUGUAUGUGAGUAAUGCUUUGUUAUGUGUGUAUGCUAAAUGUGGAGUUGUUAGAGAUGCGGUUCAGGUUUUUGAAGAAAUGCAAGAACCUAAUGAAGUUAGUUUUACGGCUAUGAUGGGUGGUUUUGCACAAAUGGAUAGGGUUUUGGAGGCGUUGGAAAUGUUUAGGCUGAUGUUUAGGCGAGGGAUUCGUUUUGAUAGUGUCUCAUUAUCUAGUGUUUUGGGUGUUUGCACCAGAGAAGAGUCUGGUCUUUAUGAUCUGAGUGAUGGAUCUUUGAGUAAUGCGCUUGGGAAACUAGUGCAUGGACUUACAGUUAAACUUGGGUUUGAGAGUGAUCUUCAUUUAUGCAAUUCAUUACUAGAUAUGUAUGCAAAGAAUGGCGAUAUGGAUAUUGCUGAGGAUGUCUUUUCUAAUUUGCCUGAAGUUAGUGUUGUCUCUUGGAAUGUAAUGAUAGCUGGCUACGGCCAGAAAUGCAGAAGUGAGAAAGCUGUAGAGUAUUUUCAAAGGAUGCAGUCUUGUGGAUUUGAACCAGAUGAGGUCACUUAUAUUAAUAUGCUUGCAGCAAGUGUCAAGUCUGGUGAUAUGGAGAUUGGUCGUCAAAUGUUUGAUUACAUGGCUUGCCCAAGUGUGAGUUCAUGGAAUGCUAUGUUAUCUGGCUAUUUUCAAUUAGGAAAUCAUGAGGAAACAAUGAAGUUAUUUAGAGAAAUGCAGUUCCGAAAUGUAAAACCUGACCGAACUACAUUAGCUAUUAUACUUAGUUUGCUUGCACAGUUCGAACUUUUGGAUGCUGGGAAACAGGUCCAUGCUGCCUCACAAAAAGCUGCCCUUUAUAAUGAUUUAUAUGUUGCUAGUGGACUUAUUGGUAUGUAUUCGAAGUGCGGGAAGAUGGAAAUGGCAAAAUGCAUAUUUGAGAAAAUACCCAAAUUGGAUAUCGUCUGUUGGAAUUCCAUGAUUGCAGGUUUUGCCCUUAAUUCUCUAGACAAGGAAGCUUUGACUUUCUUUCAGCAGAUGCAGCAAAAUGGCAUGUCUUCUACUGAAUUCACUUAUGCUACUAUUUUGAGCUCUUGUGCAAAAUUAUCUUCAUUGUUUCAUGGGAAGCUGAUUCAUGCUCAGAUAACAAAAGAUGGGUUUAUGAAUGAUGUCUAUGUGGGUAGUGCUCUUGUUGAUAUGUAUUGUAAAUCUGGUGAGGUGAAUGAGGCCCAACAAUUUUUUGAUAUGAUGCCUGAUAAAAACACUGUUACAUGGAAUGAAAUGAUUCAUGGGUAUGCUCAAAAUGGACGCGGACAUGAUGCUGUUAAUCUGUACAGAAACAUGAUUAAUUCAGGUGAGAAACCUGAUAGGAUUACUUUUGUUGCUGUUUUGACUGCCUGUAGCCAUUCAGGAUUAGUUGAUGCAGGAGUUGAAAUAUUCGACUCAAUGCAUCGAGACCAUGGAGUGGAACCAGUUUUGGAUCAUUAUACUUGCAUUAUUGAUGCUUUGGCACGAGCUGGUCGACUUCAUGAAGCAGAAGUGAUGGUGGAUAAGAUGCCAUAUAAAGAUGAUCCAAUUGUAUGGGAAGUUUUGCUUAGUUCUUGUAGACUUCAUUCCAAUGUGAAUUUAGCAAAAAAGGCAGCAGUUGAACUCAUCCGGCUGGACCCCCAAAAAUCUUCUCCUUAUGUGCUUCUAGCAAAUAUCUACACUUCCUUAGGAAGAUGGGAUGAUGUAAGGGCUGUAAGAGAGCUGAUGAGUGAUAAUGAGGUUGUUAAGGAUCCUGGUUAUAGCUGGAUUGAAUAUAAGAGGGGGAUGGAAUCAUUUAUGGUGGAGAAUAAUAUGAAAAUGGUUAAUGAUUCAUUUGUAUAACAAGUCCAGUGGAAUAUCUUGCCUCAGCAUAUUAUAUUUGAUUGAAAUAUACAAGGAUCUUGUCCAACACUGAAUUUCAAUUUAAGAAUCAAGAUGUAUAUAUGCCUCUAUUAUAAAAGGCAUAGCUUCCAAGUGCCUACCAAAUCCUUUCUCAACUAUCUUGAAAGAUAAUUGAUUCUCAUUGAAGCUUGGGGAUCCUUCUGCAGCUUAUGCUUAACAAUUUCAAGUUUUUGCCUUAUCCAAUGGAGUCAGCGCAGGAUUCUAAAAUUUUUUAGCAACUCCAAGGAGUUGCUUCUCUUCCAGAUAUGGACAAUUAUGGUUUGACAUUCUGUCUUGGGGUUUGAAUGUUGAAUUUGAGGUGGAUGGGAAUUAGAAAUCCAAUUACGUGAGUUUAUACAGGCUCCUUUAACCACAAGGGAUAAGGCAUGUUAUGCACUAGCUUUGCAAGACUAAGGUGGAAUAGCACUUUUAAAGGAUAAAGCAGGUAGUUACUGAAGAAAUUUGGUUUCUUUUGAGAUGUUGGCUCAUUUUUUAUUUCAAGAAUCUCUGAGAUUUUUCCUUAUAGAGAGAAUUACCGUCUUGACCAUACUUUUGACAACUCGUAUAUAUGUAAGGUUUUCUAUGAGAUGCUUCAAUCUUUUGGGGGCAUUUGGUUGCAGGAAUCUCACGGGAAAAAAGAUUUGGAAAGUUAGGAUCCACUAUUUAGUUGGUAAUUUCUUAGGAAAAUUAAAUUUCUGAGUAUGUAGACCUCGUCCUUACUUUCUCUCUCGAAUGGUGGAAAAAUUAGAUUCUUAUAGAAAAUAAGACAUUUUAAAUUA